AUGGCAGCCGCUGCGAAUUCUAACCAAACUGCACCAACCACUAAUGAUUUGAAAGCGAAGCUGGCUGACAAGCUGUUCAAUCCCUUCUAUUCGCCUCCAGGUGACGAUGACGGUAACGAAACUUACCAAUAUGCAGAAUUUAAACAAAACCUGAUUUUCCCACGUAGACAGGCAUAG